UAAAGCCCUUUAUCUUCGUUGUUAUGUCCAAAAUUCCCCAAAACAAUUCUCUAGAUUUUCGCGAUUAUCUUCAACCGAAAUGGAUACUCGAAUCGACGACGACGACGGCGAUUUUCUAGCUUCUAGUUCAAAUACCACCGGUCGCCGGAAUUACCACUGCUACAGUGAAAAAUUCGUUUUCAACUCCGACUCCGAUUCCGACGACGUCGCCGGCGCCGGAGAUGUCAAUAGAGUCGGAAGUUCCGGUAGGAAAUUUAGCUUCGAUGAGACGGAGCGAACUCCGAAAUUGUUUGACCGGUUCUACGGCUCUUCAUCUUCUGAUGAUGAGGAGUUCAGUUCUGGUUCAGGUCAAAAUGGGGUUGUACGGAAACGGCUUGAUAAUAUGAUUCAAUUCCUUGACCGUAAGAUUUGUUCGGAAACAGCUGGUUCUAAUAGUAAUAAUAAUGUUAAGAGUCAGUCUCAAGGUCUUCCGGAGUUUUCAGGUAAAGGUGGUGGUGCUGGGAUUUUUAAGUUGCCGGUACGUGCCGCUGUGCAUCCUGAUCGUCCGCCGUCGUUGGAAUUACGGCCACACCCGUUGAGAGAAAGACAAAUUGGGAGAUUUUUGAGGACUAUAUUGUGUACGGACGAUGGAUCUCAGCUAUGGGCUGGGUCGGAGUGUGGAGUUAGGCUGUGGAAUUUACCGGAUAUGUAUGAGGCUGCUCAAGAAGAAGAAGAGAAUGAGGACUUUGAGGAUGCCGCACCUUUUCUGGAGUCUGGUAGGACUUCACCAACUUUGUGCCUUGUUGAAGAUGCUGGGAAUAGGUUGCUAUGGAGUGGACACAAAGAUGGUAGAAUCAUGUGUUGGAAGAUGGACAGUGAAACUAGCAGUAGAGAGAAAGGUGUUUGUGGAAAAGCUGCUUUGAAAGAAGUGCUAUCGUGGCAGGCUCAUCGCAGUCCAGUUCUUUCCAUGAUCAUGACUUCCUAUGGCGAUCUGUGGUCUGGAUCUGAGGGUGGUUCCAUCAAGAUCUGGCCUUGGGAAGGAAUGGAGAAAGCGAUUGCUCUGAUAUAUGAGGAAAGGCACAUGGCUGCUUUGUCGAUAGAGAGGUCAUAUGUGGAUCUAAGGAGCCAAGUUAUGCAUAAUGGAACAGGCAAUAGCAUAUUUUCUGUUGAUGUCAAAUAUAUGCUGUCUGAUCGCUCUGGAGCAAAAGUUUGGACGGCUGGUUAUGUGUCAUUUGCACUUUGGGAUGCACGGACUAGAGAGUUACUGAAAAUCUUUAACACAGAUGGUCAGGUUGAAAAUAUAUUAGCAGCAGUAGAUCCUGUAAUUGAAGAUGAAAUGAGGAUGAAAGUUGUGUCCAAUUCAAAAAAGGACAAGUCUCAAAGUUCUAUCGGCUUCUUUCAGCGUUCACGCAAUGCUAUCUUAGGAGCAGCUGAUGCUGUCCGUAGGGUUGCGGUAAAAGGAGGAUUUGGAGAAGAUAACCGGAGGACUGAAGCGUUGAUUAUUACAGUCGAUGGAAUGAUAUGGAGUGGAUGUGCAAAUGGAUUACUUGUCCAAUGGGAUAGAAAUGGCAAUCGCUUGCAAGAUUUCCAGUAUCACACAUUCUCCGUUCAAUGUUUAUGCACAUAUGGGUCACGGAUUUGGGCAGGUUAUGCUAGUGGUUAUAUUCAGGUAUUGGAUCUUAGUGGUAAUCUACUUGGAGGAUGGAUAGGUCAUAGUAGCCCCGUAAUAGAUUUUUCUGUUGGUGGAGGUUACGCUUUCUCUUUGGCUAAUCAUGGUGGUAUACGGGGUUGGAGUGUGAUAUCUCCUGCACCACUGGAUGGUAUUCUGCGUUCGGAGUUAGCUAGCAAGGAAUUUUUGUAUACUAGGCUAGAGAAUUUUAAAAUAUUGGCUGGUACAUGGAAUGUUGGACAAGGAAGAGCUUCACCUGAUUCACUUAUAUCAUGGUUAGGUUCUGCAGCAGCAGAUGUUGGCAUUGUUGUUGCUGGCUUGCAGGAGGUGGACAUGGGUGCUGGUUUUCUUGCAAUGUCUGCUGCUAAAGAAUCAAUGCAGGUGGGUCUUGAAGGAAGUUCUGCUGGUCAAUGGUGGUUGGAAAUGAUUGGAAAAACCUUGGAUGAGGGAUCAACUUUCAUUCGUGUUGGCUUCAGGCAGUUGGCGGGCCUGGUUAUUUCUGUCUGGGUCAGAAGAAAUAUUAGUCGUUAUAUCGGGGAUGUUGAUGUUGCAGCAGUACCUUGUGGUUUCGGCCGUGCAAUUGGGAACAAGGGAGCCGUAGGAUUAAGGAUGAGAGUAUAUGAUCGUACUGUGUGCUUUGUGAACUGUCACUUUGCUGCACAUCUAGAAGCUGUCGGUCGCCGGAAUGCUGAUUUUGACCAUGUUUAUCGAAGUAUGAUCUUUAGUCGACCAUCAAACUUUCUCAAUGCUGCAGCUGCUGGUGUCUCAUCUGCGAUUCAAAUGCUUCGCAGUGCAAAUGGUGCGUUUAACUCUGCAGAAGCAACUCCUGAGCUUUCUGAGGCAGAUAUGGUUGUGUUUCUUGGUGACUUGAACUAUCGGCUUGAUGGCAUUUCUUAUGAUGAAGCAAGAGAUUUUAUUUCCCAAAGGAGCUUUGAUUGGCUUAGAGAGAGGGACCAGUUGCACACAGAGAUGGAAGUUGGGAAUGUCUUCCAAGGAAUGCGUGAAGCCGUCAUCAGAUUUCCUCCAACAUACAAAUUUGAGAGGCAUCAAAAUGGCUUAGCAGGGUAUGACUCUGGUGAAAAGAAGCGGAUUCCUGCCUGGUGUGACAGAAUUUUGUAUCGUGAUAGCCGUUCCAAUUCAGGUUCCACUUGCAGCUUAGAUUGUCCUGUCGUCUCAUCAGUUCUGCAGUAUGAAGCUUGCAUGGAUGUGACAGAUAGUGACCACAAACCUGUAAGGUGCAUAUUCAAUGUGGAGAUUGCUCGAGUGGAUGAAUCAGUGAGAAGGCAAGAAUAUGGAGAAAUCAUUAGAUCAGACGAGAAAGUUGUGCAUAUGCUUCGGGAACUUAAUAGAAUUCCAGAAGCAAUAGUCAGCACAAAUAAUAUAAUCCUCCUGAACUCUGAUGCAUCCAUCUUGCGCAUUACAAAUAAGAGUGGGAAAAACAAAGCUAUUUUUGAAAUAACUUGUGAAGGCGAAUCCACAGUUAAAGAUGAUGGACAAGUGUUUGAUUAUCGUCCAAGAGGUUCUUUUGGUUUCCCUCGUUGGCUUGAGGUUAAUCCUGCAGUUGGCGUCAUUGCACCGGACCAAAUUGUUGAGAUUUCAGUUCACCAUGAAGACCGGCAGACACUUGAGGAGUUUGUUGAUGGAGUUCCUCAAACCUCUUGGUGUGAAGAUGCCAAGGAUAAGGAAGUCAUGUUGGCAAUCAAAGUCCGCGGUUGCUUUUCAACAGAAAGAAAAUGUCACCGUGUCCGUGUACGCCACUGCUUUUCAGGCAAGCCUUUGCCCACAAAGGUCCGACAAAGCAACUCUGACCAUCCCCAGCCAAAUGUCCUUCGCCGGUCUGAUUUUCAACCCAGUGGCUUUUCACCUGAUGUUGUCGACGACCUAAUAAAUCUGAACAGUCCUUGACGAGCAAGCAAGCAUAUCUCCAGGUUUUAACCACACCAACACCCAAUUUGUGUGUUGAAUUCACUACAACGAACAUCCAAAGCAAUGUGCUUCUGUAAAUAGUCAUUGAAGGGACUAUUCUGCAACUUCUCGAUAGGAUCGAGAAAUUUUUGUUGCGUAUGUCAAAUUCUUUUGAGUUGGCCAGUUUUCAAAUUAUUCAGGCAGUCACUUAUUGAUAAGUGUAUAGCAUAAAUUGCACAUAUGCAAUAACAUAGAACUAGUUGUGUAUGUAAUCAUGUAAGGUAUUUGGAGUGAGUGGUGAAUUGAGUUUUGAACCCUUCUAUAAGUUGUUGGGUGUGGGUUUGACCUCUUUUUUUGAGUAUUCCUUUUUGAUACACUCCUUGUUUCUACAUUGCUCUGUUAUGGGAGGAGAAAUGUGUAACGUUACAAAAAAAUUUAACAAGAAGUGGAGACCUGUGAUGUAUUUAAUGUUUUCUCCUUCUCUAGCAA